AGCUCCCCAUCACGCUCUUUCCCAGCUUCACGACUCACAAACUCGGCGCUCCCGCAGAUUCACAUACUGACUUCGACGCCUGUAUAUUCGUCUGGCUAUAUAAAGCAUCGCCCAACAUGGCUCGCAGGUUUUUCGUCGGCGGCAACUUCAAAAUGAACGGGACCAAGGAGUCCAUCAAGGCCAUUGUGAACAACCUGAACGAGGCGAAAACGGAUGGCGAUGUUGAGGUCGUGAUUGCCCCUCCUGCGCUGUACCUGGAGGUCGCGCGCGACGAGGUCGACAAGUUCAACAUCAAGGUCGCAGCUCAGAACGUCUCCGACAAGCCCAACGGGGCCUACACGGGCGAGAUCAGCGUGGCGCAGCUCAAGGACAUCGACAUCCGCUGGACCAUCCUGGGCCACUCAGAGCGGCGAACCUUGCUCGGCGAGACGGACGAGGUGGUCGCCGCCAAGACCAAGGCCGCCGUCGACGGCGGCAUCAGCGUCAUCUGGUGCUGCGGCGAGUCCCUGCAGGAGCGCGAGGCCGGCAACACGGUCGCCGUCGUCGAGAAGCAGCUCGCGGCCCUCGCCGCCAAGCUCUCGGGCGAGGAUGACUGGAAGAAGAUUGUCAUUGCCUACGAGCCCAUCUGGGCCAUCGGCACGGGCAAGGUGGCCACUGUGCAGCAGGCCCAGGAGGUACACGAGGCCAUUCGCAAGUGGCUGGCUAAGAAUGUCAGCGAGAAGGUUGCUGACGAGACGCGCAUCCUGUACGGCGGCAGCGUUAAUGGCAAGAACUGCAAGGACCUGGCCAAGGAGAAGGACAUUGACGGAUUCCUGGUCGGCGGGGCGAGCUUGAAGCCCGAAUUCGUCGACAUCAUCAACUCCAACCUGUGAGUCUGGUUUGCCGAGACGUCGGGACUAAAGGGCUCGUCUUGGGAUCGGUAAUACAAAAGCUGCUGCAUCUGCGAGGAUAGAUUAUGAAACAGAAUCCCUGCAAUAGAUGAAAGUUCACUCAAUCUUUUCCAAGUUGCCAUCUGGCUCUUCAUGGCACAAGCACUCUGUACUGUGAUUCCCAACCGCCGAUGUAGUGCAUUCCAUCAUU